GAUCGCCAUAUUGGAAAUAGCUAUAAAUACCAUCGUAAUUUCCAUUCCCUAAAAUAGCACAAGUUGUAGAUUUUUCACUGAGCAACAUUUUACUGGACACUAAAAAUAGACACCGCACGGAUAUUUUUGCUCAUCUCGUGGUAUUGUUUUGAUCAUCAUCAAAUUGUGUCACCAAGAAGUUUGAAGUUUACAGGCACAGACCUUGACAUAUUUGGCUACUUCUCUGCUUGGAGAGACCAUCCUGAAACAAAAUGGGGAGAAAGAAGAUACAGAUUGCUCGCAUUAAUGACGAGAGGAAUCGGCAGGUGACGUUCACCAAGCGCAAAUUUGGUUUGAUGAAGAAAGCAUACGAACUGAGUGUUCUAUGCGACUGUGAAAUUGCCCUCAUCAUCUUCACUAGCAACAACAAGCUCUAUCAAUAUGCCAGCUCCGACAUGGACAAAGUAUUGCUCAAGUACACAGAGUAUAACGACACCGUGGUCAGCCAAACUAACAAGGACAUCGUCGAUCUGCUCAGUAAGAAAGAGCACAGAGGCAACGACUCCAUGGACGGCGAGGACGAGGACUACACAUUGACGCCACGCACAGAGGAAUCCUACAAGCGGAUAGAUCAGGAAUACGCUCGGGUCAUGCAGCAUGGGGGAGUCAAGAACCUGGCCACGUACCAGCCCGCGUCGAUGCCUGUGGCAGUGCCGGUGCAGUCACAGUUCAGCUCCUCCCAGACGUUCACCACAACAGCCGUCACGCAGACAGCCGCAGGGGCCAGCGUGGCCCCCACUGUUGUCCUUCUGCAGCCCCCUGGGACCCCAGUGUCCAACUCUGCAAGUCCCUCUGGAGUAUCAGGUGUCCGAUUGACAUCCAGUCCUCUACCUGCGAGGACGUCGCCAGCGCCACCUAGCACCUCGCCAGCCCCUCGAGAAUCACCAGGUGAAACCGCUGGAGCGAAGAAACCAAACCUGAAAGUGCUCAUACCAGACCGACAACCAAAUUUGGGUCAUCCUCGAACGACGCUGGAAACUCCUGUAGUGUCCACAAUGGCUACACCGGCUGCUAACACGAAUCCGUCCAUACCAACGUCCCUACUGUCAGGCGAGUUCCAGCUAACAAGUGCAGACCUGACAGGGUUGUCUCCCCUUGUUCAAUGGUCGACAGGUCAAUGUCCUGGCCCACUCACUGCAGCUGUCCAAGCGUCGGGUCUACAGUUCACACCAGGGGGUUCAUUAACAUUUGCUACAACAUCGGGAGUGCCCAUUUUAACAACCACAUUACCCGUUCGAACAGCAGGAAUGGGUAUAAAAACCGAGCCGGUGUCACCUAACUCCUCGAAUGCACAUGGUCAAGGUCAAACUAGACCCACGCCUUCCCCCGGAGCGUCUGAUGAACCGCCAGAGAAGCGGAGUCGAGAUGGUUGAUGCAGCUUUGCUGUAGGUGGAAUGUAAAUUAUGGGGUGCAUUUUGAGAUAUAUAGCACUGAUAGGGGAUGUGAACCUGUUUGAUACAAGUGUAUAUUCUGUGUACUAACGGAUGCUAUAGCUCAUCAGUGGAACAUACUACUCAACUUUUGACAGGGAUAUUCUGAGAGUCUUAAUGGGACUGAUCUAGGAGAUGUCAUGUGAAUAAUCUUCCACUAUGCCAUGAAACUGAUGCAAUUUCAGUUUUGUGUCAACUUAUAGACAACAGCACACAUUGUUAUCUUUCAGUUUUAAAACAAACUCAGUUUAACUGAAAUAUCUUGGUAUCCCUAUCAAAUGGUGUGUAGUAUACAACUAGUAAACUGCUCACAUUUUGUUCCUUGUGGAGUACGACAAUGACGGUAACAGUAUAACGAAGUACGCUGCUUGCCACGUGUCUAUAGAGCAAACAAAGCCCAUUGCACUUCAAUACCUGCCACUCUUACAUUUACACGAGAAAUUGAAUCAUUUAAAGGAAAAACUAAUCACUGGACUUUUAUUAAAUAUUGAUAACAUUUUCAUGUUGACAUCUUACAUUACAUUGUCAUCAGUGUGUUAUUGCAAGCUGAUUCUUACAUUUCCAACUUGGCCAAGUACAAGAGAGGACCCAUCUGUGAUGCUACGAAUGCCUUACUCACAUGCGUGGGACUUGUUGAAAAGUGUAUUAUCAUCUGAGACCGGCCCCUUCUGUCUCUCAGACUUUGUUAACAAAUACUGACACCUCUUUGUCGGUGUGUCAACUUUUACACAAUGAGAUGAAAAAAUGUUCAAAUUAAUUUCUAUUAAAAUGUAGUAUUUGGCAAAAUUGAGAAAUGGCAUCUUGUUUUUAUGUGUGUAAAACGUUGUUAAGUUUUAUGUGAUUUUAUCACCGUUACUUUGGGGGGAAAUUGUAAGCUACAAUAUAAAACCUUUUAGAAUUUCUAAUCAUAGAAUUUGUUUAUGAUGUUUAUGUACAGUACAAUAUACCAAGUUUUCAUUAUCAAUAGUGUUUGAUAGGGGUUUGAAGCAUCUCCCGCCACCAGUGCUAUGUAUAAUAUUAGUGUACAGUUUCUGACUGACAGAACAUCUUAAGAACUCGGCCACUGCAAGGUUGGAGGCGGUGGACAUCACUAUGUCUGUAUCUUUAUCAAGGCAUGUCUCAGUCUUCUUUGUUUGAAUUAUUUGACUGAUGUUGUCCUGAAGGAAAUGUACUCAUUGCCGACCAACAAGGCCUGUCUGUUGUUUCCAUCCUUGUAGGAACUGGUCAUUUGUUAUGUGAGUGAAGAGAGCUCUUCCACCCAUCGGUUUACAGUAAGACUAUUAAUGCCCCAAACUGGAGGGACUUCGGAGUGACUCCCACAGUUCUUUUUAUCCCAUGAUCCUUUUGAGAGGUAAAGAUUUUCUUUUUAAUGAAACCAAUAGUGUGUUUUUUGUUGUUAUUUUCACUAUUUUAACAUAAAGGUAAUCUUCUUAAUAAUUGGUUAAAGGAUUUAGGCAAUUACAUCUGAAAUUAAAAUUGUGCCAAUUUAGACAUGUGUUCAUCGAAAGAGAACAAUGUAUAGGGUAUGUUAGAACACAUUACUGACGAACCGUUGUACUGCCUUGAAUAACUGGGCUUUAUGUUCAGAUAAUCUUUAAUUGAGAAGGAUCAAAACCUUAGAUUCAUUUACUAAUACCAUUGUUACCAACAGGGAUUUAAGUAAAAUAAUGUGUAAAUAUGAAAAAUUCAAAGUUGUCCCCUUAACAAAUGACCAGUUGCUAUGGCAAUGUAAAUUAUCAGGUGUAUUGUAGAUACACACUUGCAUGUCCGAGUGAGAGAGUGGGUUGUUAUUGUGUGUUAUUAAGGAUUGUUAACCUAUACCACGUAGGGUUAUUAGUCGUAUAUCCCCCCCCCCCCCAUUGGAGUUUCACAGACUUCACGUUACAUAUACAAAGCAAUAUUUGUAUGUCAUCCAUGUUUUAUCAGGAAUACAUAUGUCACCAAGUACCCAAUGUCAUUUAAAUUUCCAAGUUAAGUGCAUUUGAAAAUGCAUAAUAUGUUUUAGGAGCCAAUGUACUUAAACUCUGUGUUCAUUUGGUGUAGUAUGUUACAAUGUUUCAAGAUUUUAAACUUUUUUAUUUUUUGUCAAAUAUAACAACCCAUAUCAGAGAUGGUAUGCGGUAAAGAAAGUUUUUAUCUUAUCUUAUCUGAUGAAAAAAAUUCAAUAAAUGAUAUGAAUUUCAUGCAAAAAAACUUUGAAUGUUUUUGAGAAUUUGGCAACAGGAAUUCCAGCAUUGGGUUAGUUAUAUUAUUGGAAGUUAAAUCAAUAAAUAUAUAACCUGUUUAGUGUUUCCAUCAAACUUUGCGAACCCAGGUGAAACUUGAUGAGACUCGUACAACUCACCCAUAGUACACAUAGUACACAGAGUCGGGCUGACUCACCCAAUAGAACAAUCCUGAGUCUACAGUGAGACUAUGGCCUGACUUAAAACUACAACAUGCUGUUCUUGGUUAUGACAUCGAAACCAAAUUUUGGCUAACAUUACAAUCCAUGGAUAGUGGCAGCAUUGUGUUAAGAUGCUGACUGUUGGAUUUAGGUGGAAUUGCUGUGAAAAAUGUCCAUGAAUUACACACAGACACAAUUAUACAAAAGGAUAGUUGUUUGUAUAAACUUGAGUGUAAUGUCCAAAACAGUUUUUAUAAGUUUUGAGGGAUACAACAGUCCACAACUACUAUUUUCAUAAACGGAAAGGCUGGUGCAACUGUGGUACAUGUGUACGCUAUUGUCAUUCAGCUGACAAAUGUUUCUUGUCAAAAUUUACUGUAUCAUUUAAAAUAAUGCUUAGUAACUAAAGAAAACAGUCAAUACAAGGGCCGGAACAGUAAACAAUGUCAUACUCUGUGAAAACAGAUGGUGAGGAAUAGCAGGAUAGUGCAACAUUUGCAAACUCUCCUUUUGCAGUCGCAGGUGGGGCGGAACAAUUCCUGUGAACCAUGUUCAGAGAUUCCAUAAUUGCUUUUCACAAUGGUGGAUGUAGUCAUAAAAUAUAAAAUGAGAAAUAUGAACAUGUGGGGGAGGGUAAAAUUACUCAUUUUAAUGGCAAUUAUUACAAAUUUUGACUUUAUCAUGUUUAUCCACAAAAUACUAUGGUUGGCAUCUCGUCACUGAAGGACUGACUAUUCUUGGUAUGACUGGGACAAGGGUGGUGCAGAUCUCACACUGGUAGAUAUACAGUUUUACUACCCCCUCAGUUCCUGGUGAAACAUGGACCGAUCCCUUGAUGUGCUCAGUUGAUUAACACCAAUUCAUUACGUGUGUGUAUAUGUAGAAAGGCAAAUCUAUUUUUGAAAAUUAUAAGAAGAGUUGUUAUACAAAUCCAUUUUGUUCUGCAGACCUGUCUACUUAUCAUUUUCACUCAUAUUUAGAGUCUCACUCUCAUAUAAUAGAAACAUCUCUUUGAAGUAUAUCAUCAGAUUGUUGUAUUACUCUUGUGAAUAUUAUGGUUUUGACACUUUUCAUCCAUUAGAUCUAUAAGACUUGUACAGUAGUGUGAUGUUUGUAUAGGCAGAUGUUAUUGACUAGCUUAUUUCUUAUACUAGUGUGACAAGUAUUACCACAUGUAGAUUUCACUCGUCUAUUGGUUUCAACCCUCUGACAUUGUAUCAUACAGUGUAUGCAUAUCAUGUAUAUCGUCAUAGCAGAACAGGAAAUAUACAUUUUUUUAUAUACGCCUGACUGUACACUUGAUCAUCUGACUGGCGCAGGUGAUGUUCUUGUGCCAUAUAUUUCACCAGGGCACCUUUCAACAAAGUGAUCUUAGCGCUAAGAUCAUCGUAACUCCCAUAGUUUAACCUUGGCUUUCAAUAGUUUUAGCUCUAUGAUCAUCGUAACUCCCAUCCUUUAACGUGGACUUACGAAAGAUCAUCAUCGAAAGUCCCAUACUUUAACCUAGGCUUAGGAUAGUCGUAGCUCUAAGAUCAUCAUCAUAAGUCCCAUACUUUGCUUAGGAUAGUCGUAGCUCUGAGAUCAUCAUCGUAAGUCCCAUACUUUAACCUAGGCUUAGGAUAGUCGUAGCUCUAAGAUCAUCAUUGUAAGUCCCAUACUUUAACCUAGGCUUAGGAUAGUCGUAGCUCUAAGAUCAAUUUGUUGAACGGUCCCAGCACUAGACAGUUUGUGAAUUGCUUGAUUAACUCCUCAUCAGCUGUAGACUCAUUUCCCGUGUAUGCCGUUCAGGCCAAUAAUGCAUGGACUGUGCAGCAUCUCCACACCAACCAUGGAGCCGUGUCACUCAAUCAUCACAGAUUUAACCUCCAUUUCAUUCAAAUACAAGAUCCUAACAUUGACUAUUUUUGUUUUCAUUAUUCAUAAGUUCAUGUGUCAUUGCUAAAGGUUGUGCAGGAAUAAUUUGCCUUAAUCUGAAUGCACCUAUUUGAAUAUUGACAACAUGGUUUGAUGACUGUAAAGAGGAAGUAGGAUUGCAGAGGUCUCCUUGACCUUCAGGUUUGAUCACAGGUUCUGAGGACAAGUGUUUAUUGUAGUCGGUGAUUAACUCCUCAACAUUAUUACAAACAUUUGUUAUUGCUGGAUGGAUUUACGAUACUUUCACAGGUGUAUGCAUAUGAUGAUGAAAUUUUAGCUUGUUACGUUUUAUCAAUAUUUAAUUUAAUUUCUCUUGUUUGCACAUUAUAUUUUCUCAACAAAACAAUCCUUUUUUUCAACACAAGUAGAAAGAUGGAAACAAUAAAGACAGCCACAGUAGAAAGAGCCAUAUAUUACAGUAAUGAGUAUCAAGUAUUUUUGUUAAUAAUUGUGGGAGUAUUUUCGUUUUUUAGCAUAAUCUUUGAAAAGAAGUAUAUCAUCAGAUAUUAAGGAUGUAUAAAAAAAUAACUGCUUGAAAACUUGAAACACAUGAAGCAUGUGAGGCGAAAGCACACGCUGCUGUCCCGGCCUGUGAUGCAGUGUCCAUGCAGGAUGUUGUUGCUCCUCUCAGAUCUAGGCCCACUGAAGUAGGACGCAUGCUUCCCAGGGAAUAAUCAGCUCACCUGGAAGGUCACCAUCCUGGACACUCACAUGGAACCGGUUGCACUGUACACUUAAAUGUUAAGGCAGAAAAUAGCGGUUGCACAAAUGUGAUCUCUGAUUUGUUUCCUUAAUUCUAUUUCUAAAUAUUGCACGAAUGUACUGGCACACAUCUCACAAGGUCAGCAGAAGCUACUUGUUUUCUCCGUUAAAUAAAUCAAGUCGCAGGCUAAAGUGUAAAAUAAAUGAAAUUUGGCACCGUAUUUAGGUAAGGUCUUGUUUAAUAUAUAUUAUGUUUGAUGCAUGACUUAUUAUAUAUAUUGAUGUGUGACAGUGGUCAUGGGUGGGCCCAGGUGGCCCUUGGGAGAAGACACCACAAAAACGCUAUGCCGAGUUACCUCCCUUCAUCAUCGCAACAUCUGUUCCCCCUUCAACAGAAAAUCAGCUAUGUAACUGAAAUACAGUUCAAAGCCCAUCCUAGUUACCAUACAAGGUUAGAAAUUAAAGGGUUUUUUUAAUUAGUCCACAACAAUUAUUUGAUACAAAGUUGCAAGCUGACUAAUGUUAAUCCACAAGGAAAUGUCACAAGUCCUUCCUGAAUUUUACUUGUUUUGAAUUAGCAGACUUUUGUUAAUUUUAACUCUGUCAUAGUAAUAUUUUUCAGUGGACAGGCAAUGUAGUCAGUAAUAUUAACAAACAAGUCCUGUCAGACAAUGUAUUAUCAGUAUUGACACACGAGCAACAUACUGUUUCUCAUCUUAUAAUACACAUACAAAUGAUAAAAUUUUAAAUAACUAUUAUUAUCUAAACUGCAGACAUAAGUGACUGUUGUUUUGGUCCUGUUGUUUUAAACAGUGGAUAGUUGUUGUGAUAUCAGUGAUGCCAGUGUGAACUGGCUGCCAGGGAGUUUGUACAGUACUAACAGAUGUGUGUGUGUCCGACUGUUGUCACGACUGACCUUCAUAGUCUGACGUAGGGUCAUGUGACUUGUCACAACUGACCUUCAUACGUCUGAUGUAGGGUCAUGUGACUUGUCACGACUGACCUUCAUACGUCUGACGUAGGGUCAUGUGACUUGUCACAACUGACCUUCAUACGUCUGACGUAGGGUCAUGUGACUGUUGUCACAACUGACCUUCAUACGUCUGACGUAGGGUCAUGUGACUUGUCACAACUGACCUUCAAACGUCUGACGUAGGGUCAUGUGACUUGUCACGACUGACCUUCAUACGUCUGAUGUAGGGUCAUGUGACUUGUCACGACUGACCUUCAUACGUCUGACGUAGGGUCAUGUGACUGUUGUCACGACUGACCUUCAUACGUCUGACGUAGGGUCAUGUGACUGUUGUCACGACUGACCUUCAUACGUCUGACGUAGGGUCAUGUGACUGUUGUCACGACUGACCUUCACAGGUCUGAUGUAGGGUCAGGAGCCUGCUGGAAAGGAGGAAGACAUGCAUGUUUUGAUGGAAAAUAAGUAAUUUUGUAUUUGGUGCUUCGCGUGACAUGUAUCUUAUUCAGACUUUUUCAUAAUACCUAGUGAAUCAUUGAUCAGUUUACUGUCAUCAUGUGAGGUUAGAUACAUUCUGGUAGUCAAUAAAUGCCUUUUGUACAUA